GAUAAUGCACAGCAAGCAUUACACAACAGACUCAAUCAAGGCACAAGGAUACUGCUCAUGGACAUACACUCCGAAGAAAAAUCUGCAGGGUUGCACUGUUACUCAAGUUGAGGAGUCCCUUAGUAGAAAUUCAGAGUCGGAGGUUGGAAACUACAAUUACAACCUUUAGUCAAAUUCAGGAUGCUUUAUAAUUUUGCACCUUUUCUUAUUUUUUUUCCAGGUCAUUGCAGCACUCCGCAAAGUCCUUUUGAAUCAGACUAUUUGAAUACAAGCAAUUAAUUCUUUGUUGUGAGUCAGGUUUAGAAAUCUGCCCCCACCCAGCUGUUUUAUAAGCACUCACUCAAGCUGAACUGAGAACACUUGGGGCACAGUGAGUGGACGUGGAGGCUCUGCAGUGCGAGUCAUUUUCAGUUUGUUGUAUAACAACUUAUCGGUGAUAUGGACACUUACAGAGAUUUUAGAAAAAUCCAGUCAAAGAAGCAACAUGAGUAUAUCUCUUUAGAUGGGAACAGCCUCACAACUGCUGAUUUGGUCAGUUUGGGAAAAGUCCUUUAUAAGAUUAAGUUGAGUGCUGAGGCAGAGGAGCAUGUGAGCAGAGCUAGAGAUGUUAUUGAGAAGAUCAUAUCUGAAAAACAAGUUGUUUAUGGAGUUAAUACUGGCUUUGGGAAAUUUGCACAGACUGUUGUGGGAAAAGAUCAACUCAAGGAGCUGCAGGAAAAUCUUGUCCGCGCCACAAGUGCUGGGGUCGGCGCCCCACUGAGUCCAGAGAGGACCCGGAUGCUUCUUGCUCUCAGGAUUAAUGUCUUAGCUAAAGGUCAUAGCGGUGUUUCCUUGGAGACUCUUCAGAAAAUGGUGGCAGCCUUUAAUGCCUCCUGUCUCUCCUGGGUUCCUGAGCAAGGGACAGUAGGGGCGAGUGGAGACCUGGCCCCUCUAGCUCACAUGGCUCUGGGGCUGAUGGGAGAAGGACGCAUGUGGUCACCACAGACCGGCUGGACUGACGCCACAGCUGUUCUAGAAGCACACGGUCUGACCCCAAUAUCACUGAAACCCAAAGAGGGACUUUCUCUGAUUAAUGGGACUCAGAUGAUAUCAUCACUGGGUGCUGAGGCAGUAGAGAGAGCAGAAGCGAUCACCCGGCAGGCUGAUGUCAUCGCUGCUCUCACUCUAGAGACACUGAAGGGAACCAACAAAGCUUUCGACAUUGAUGUCCAUGCAGUGCGGCCUCACCCGGGUCAGAUUUUAGUCGCCCAGAGAUUUCGCUCCCUGCUUCAUUCUGACUUCUUUCCCUCAGAAAUCACAGACGAGAAGUCCUAUGAAGGUGUUCAGGAUGCCUACAGUCUACGAUGCUGCCCUCAGGUGCAUGGAGUAACCAAUGACACGAUUGCUUUUGUGAAAAACAUUCUCAACACUGAGCUAAACAGUGCUACAGAUAAUCCUCUGGUUUUCCCAGAGCGAGGAAUCACUAUAUCAGCAGGAAACUUCCACGGAGAGUAUCCUGCUAAGGCUCUGGACUUCCUGGCUAUAGGAGUGCAUGAGUUGGCGAAUAUUAGUGAGCGGCGCAUUGAGAGGCUGUGUAAUCCCUCACUCAGUAACCUCCCUGCCUUUCUGGUGAAAGAAGGAGGAUUAAAUUCAGGCUUUAUGGUGGUCCAUUGCACUGCUGCUGCCCUUGUGUCGGAGAAUAAGGUGCUGUGCCACCCGGCCUCUGUGGACUCUCUGUCCACCAGUGCAGCUACAGAAGACCAUGUGUCUAUGGGGGGCUGGGCAGCCAGAAAGGCCCUGAAGGUGGUCGAGCAUGUGGAGCAGGUCCUUGCCAUAGAGUUACUCGCUGCCUGCCAGGCUCUGGAGUUCCACCGGCCCUUAAAGACCACAGCACCUCUGGAGAAGGUCUACGAGCUCCUGCGCUCUGUAGUCAGGCCCUGGGACAAAGAUCGUAUUAUGAGCACUGAUAUUGAAGUAGCUCACCAGCUCCUCCUAAAGAAAAAGGUGUGGAAGGCAGUGCUACCAUAUAUGGACCAGUACAAGAAGAGUGAACACCAACAUCUCUCUUCCUCUAAUAGCUCAUCUGAAUUGCUUUUCAUCUGAAAAGCUAUUAUUAUUAUUAUUAUUAUUAUUAAGUUGCAGUGAUCAAAAAUAGAUUUACUUUUUUAUGAGUUUCUAGACCCAUAGAAAUACUUUGAACCCCAGAAUUUCAGGAAAACGAGCCAAAGUGACUAUGGAAUAAAUAACACAGGCAAUGAGUAGUAUUUUUGAGUAGUAUUUUUGUAAUAACCAACCCAGUGUUGUAAGAUUUUAAAAUGAGUAUUCUGUCAAAUCUUACUGUGGAAAUGCAGAAGUUUUUAAUUUUCUAUCAAUGAAUAUUGUACUUAUCAUUAUACUAAGCUGGUACAUCAUUUUUAGUGAACACAUCUAUUUAAAAUCUACAGCUAUUUGGCUUGUAUCUAUUUCAUUUCCCAGAAAACACAAAUAAAAUAUAUUAUGAAUAUUAUACAGGAGACAAUUUCUGGAAUCAGAUAUCAUUUAUUGGACAAAAAACAAAACAGUAAUUCUGAGAUGAUAUUCGAUAAUGGUCUUUGUUUUAAUUCACGUAAAACUUUGUGUUACAGUUAGAGGUGUUUUAUGUAAAAAAAAUAAAAAUAAUAAUAAAAAAAAAGGUCACUGUUUAUGAAUUAUAAAAAAACUAGACUAAAAGACAAGGUCAACCAUACACACACACACACACACACACACACACACACACAAACUGGAUCAUCAUCCAAUCCUUUUCAGUCAACGAAAUCAUUACUAUUCACCAAGUUGCUGCCAUUCCACAGUCUCCAAGUGUACAGCAGAUUCUGAGUGUCCAAUGCUCACAGGCAGAACAGAUCCUGAGCUUUAAAGAGCGUCUACGUUUUUUUUUGUUUUUUUUUCAACUAUCUUGGAGCAGGUCAUACGAGCCUCCAUCAACAACCUGGUGCUUGUCAUCCUUCUACAAGUAGUAGUACAGUCAGGAAUUAGUACCAUCUAUAAGACCCUACUUCUUACCAAACAUGUUUGCGGUUAACACAAUAAGCUGCUGUUGUGUUCUGUGUAACUAUAGUUAUUAUAGAGUAUCAUACUGUGUCAUAUUUUCUUUUACUUACAUCUUCUAUAGGGAGGUCUGGGGCACUAGGGGCAGCUGCAGUCUCAUACAUGGGGUUACUGAUAUAUGGUGUAUAUUCAGGUUAGAGCAGCUAUCAACAGUUGUACCCUCACCAGCCUCUCUUUUCUCUCUCUUGAAGUUAAUAAGGUAAAAAGGCAACUUAUCAUAUUAUUGAGAAACCACAAAGUUGUGUGGAAACAAAAAGUGGGAGUGUCAUGGUCUGGGGCUGCAUGAGUGCUGCCGGCACUGGGGAGCUACAGUUCACUGAGGGAACCAUGAAUGCCAACAUGUACUGUGACAUACUGAAGCAGAGCAUGAUCAGUAUGCAGUAUUCCGGCAUGAUAACGACCACAAACACAUCUCCAAGACGACCAUUGCCUUGCUAAAGAAGCUGAGGGUGAGGGUGAUGGACUGGCCAAGCAUGUCUCCAGACCUAAACCCUAUUGAGCAUCUGUGGGGCAUCCAAAUGGACGCUGGAGGAGCACAAGGUCUCUAACAUGUCGUCAUGGAGGAGUGGAAGAGGACUCCAGUGGUAACCUGUGAAGCUCUGGUGAACUCCAUGCCCAAGAGGGUUAAGGCAGUGCUGGAAAAUAAUGGUGGCCACACAAAAUAUUGACACUUUGG